AACACACACUCACACUCUCACACACACACACACACACACACCAAGCCAGAAAAAGAGAGAGUGCAGAUGACACGUCGAACAAUAAGACAGCUUCUCAUACUUUCUUCAGGAUGAGGAGGACAAUAAUAAUUCUUCUUCUUCUUUUGGCUCAGUGGACUGAAACUUCCCAUGGUGAAUGGACAAGCCAAGAAGAGAAACGUGUAGUAAACAACGAGCGAGUGCUCAUUCGAUCCAAGAGGAGAUGGGUGCUGACUACGAUUGAGCUGGAGGAGGAGAGUCCUGGACCCUUUCCUGUAAAAAUAACAAAGUUGUUCAACGAUAAGCAAUCAAGUCACUCUGUCAGGUUCAGCAUAAGUGGCCAUGGGGUGACGGAAGAGCCGAACGGUAUAUUAAGUAUUGAUGAAAAUACUGGAGAUGUCUUCAUGCACAAGUCAAUAGACCGAGAAACGUAUCCUAUUUUCCAUGUGCAGUUUAAUGUGCAUGAUAAAGCAACUGGUGAGCUCCUUGACAACACAUUAUCCUUUGAUGUGGCCAUACAAGAUAAGAAUGAUAAUCCACCUGUGUUCACACCUCCAGUUUUAAAUGUAAAAGUUCCGGAGAACAUGAAAGAAGGUGAGUUACCUUUUUCUCUGCAUGCAAGCGACCGAGAUGAAGAAGGCAACGAUAACUCCCGCAUCACCAUGAGGAUAGUGUCUCAGGAACCACCUUUGCCCCAAAUCUCUCUGAAAACCCCAGAUGACAAGUUCACAAAGCUUGAAUUCAGCGGAUGCUUUGAUUAUGAAAAAAUAAAGUAUUACAGAAUUCUUGUGGAAGCACGAGACCAUGGACAGCCAACACUCUCAUCCACUGCGACGGUUAAUAUCGCUAUCAUUGACUCCAACACUCACGCACCUGUGAUCACUGCUCCCAAGCACAGUAUUGAGGUGAAUGAAACAGAAACCAACAAGGAAAUUUUAAGGAUUCCUGUGUUCGACAUGGACACUCCCAACACUCCAGGAUCUAGAGCAGUGUUCACUAUCCUGAAGGGUAAUGAAGAGGGCAACUACAAGAUUAAGACAGACCCAAUUACCAAUGAAGGAGUUUUGUCUGUCAUCAAGGCAAAGGAUUAUGAGAGAACUUCUGUAACAGAACUGGAAAUAGGAGUAGAAAAUGAGGAGCCAUUAUUUUCAUGCAUUGAUGGAAAGCCAGUUAAUCUCAAUCCAGAGACUUUUAAAAAUAACAGCAAGAUUAAAGUCCCUAUCAAAAUCAUUGAUUUGAAUGACCCACCCGUGUUUCAGACUAUAAUUAAAAUGAUUUACUUAGUUGAGGAAGAACAGCCAGGAGAUGUGUUGUACAUUCCCACAGUCACAGAUGAGGAUUCAGACCUGGCUAAAAUCAGGUAUGAGCUAGUACAAGAUCCAGCUAAAUGGAUGUCCAUUGACUCAAAAACAGGCAAAGUUUCCCUGACAAAGAAGAUGGACCGCGAGUCUCAGUUUGUCCAAAACAACACCUACACUGUUGUGAUGAGAGCAAUAGAUGAUGGGAUACCUCCUGCCACGGGUACAGGGACUUUGGUGAUCCAUCUUAGAGAUAUUAAUGAUAAUGCACCUCAUCUAACCUCCAACGUUACAUUGCUGUGUGUGAACAAACGUGACAGUGUUGAGGUCAUACCAGUGGAUGCAGAUGAGUUUCCAUUUAGUGGACCCUUCACCUUCAAACUUGGCAGAGAAGAUGAGGAGCUGAAGAAACUGUGGAAAUUUCACCCAGGCUCAGGGGACAAAUCUGCAUUGAUUAGCCUGACAAGUCUGCCUUACGGGACAUACUUUGUUCCAGUGAUAAUUGCAGACCAACAAGGAUUGCCAACACGUGACAAUAUAAAAGUGGUGGUGUGUAAAUGCAAGGAAGAAAACGUGUGUCGAGACAAACUACCUCGUUCCUCCACCCUCCAUGGAGCAGCUAUAGGAAUUCUAUUGGGAGCGCUGCUCCUCAUGGCUCUUCUUCUCUGCUUUUGUUUUCUCUGCGAGUGUCGUGAGAAAAAACAAUUCCAGCAAUACUUGCAAUUUGAUGGAAACCAAACCCUGAUGGCUUACAAUGAUGAAGGAGGAGGUUCAAGCUGCAAAACUAGUCCACUCCUCCCGGGCCUAAUUAGCAGGAUUAAUUCCAUGCAAGAACAGCAUGACCCCACCAAUAAUUGUAAGAACUCCAAGAUGGAGACAGGUGUGCAGCUAGGGUCUGAAGUUAAUACAGUCAACUUAAGGAACAUCAAUGGAAUGUCAACAACUAGGACCAGUAGGAACAGUAGGAACAGUAGGAAUAGUGCAUAUGACACUGUUUGGAGUGGUCUGAGCAGAUCCUUUAGCUUUAACAUGGAAGACCUCCUCGAAAUGAGGCUCUCGAAAAUUAAUCACGAGCAGCAGGACUUCCCCGAGUAUCACCCCCAAGAUUACAACUCUGAAGGGACUAACACCGACGCCGUCUCACUGGACAAGCUCUCUUUCCACAGCACUAAAGAAGGACAAGACCUUUUGCAUAAUUUGGGGCCAAGAUUUAACAAUCUGGAAGAGAUCUGUCAAGACGCGAUAAAAGAGAAGAACAUUAAGCUGUGAUUAUUCUAAAAGUUUUUUGCUUCUCAACUUUUUGAGCAGUUGUCUUUAUCUUCACAUCUUACAGAGCUUCGCUUUAUAACAGUUUCUCUUCAGAAAGGAAAAAGCUUACAAAAAGACAUCAAGCCUUCAGUAUGUCCAGAGUAAAUAAUGAUUUUGUUACAAUAGUAAAAAUGUGAAAAUCUUUUAUUGUAGGUCUAGUAAAAGCUAAAAGUUUACUCUGAUUUCUUUCCCUGUCAGCUUUUAAAGCUUAGCACAUCAGUGUUUUGUUUUCUCCUUUCCAUUUGUUGCUUAUUUCUCUUCAAUCCUGCUUUGUUCAGCUUGAUCCCUAUUUCCCAAUUUCCAUAUUUGGUUAUGAUUUUUGUUAAAUCAGUCUCUCAUGAUUGGACGAUUCCAUUCCCCAGGUUUCUGCUUCCUAUUUUCUUUCAGUUCUUAUACUAAGCUGAUACCUAAAAUUUCUUUCAUAUAUUGAGUGUUACAUUUAUUUGAAUGGAUCCCUGGUGUUUUCCCCUUUGUGUGGUUCUUCAGGCAGGUGAGAACAUCCUAUCCAGCUGUGGGCCAUUACAAAUUGUCAAAGAGGGUCUAAGAAAGGUGGUCAGAAAUUCUCAUGGUUUGCUAUUGAAGCAUUAGAAUGCUCACAUCUUGCUAUGAUACAAUGUUUAUAUUGUUUGUUGUUAUGAAUGGUUUAGGUGUAUGUUUGUAGAGUUAGAUUUAUCCUAGCAUGUAGUUAUACUGAUAAUUUGAUAACUGACACAAUAUGGACAUAACUUGUUUAUUUUUGCUCUGUGAGCGGAAAUACACCCAGAAUAAGCCACACUCACUGAUAGCCUGUAAGCUACAACGAUCAUGGUGAUUUGUACAUUCCUGUUAAAAGUGUAAUGGUGAAAUUGGUUUUAAGUCUUUCAUCUGAUGAACUUUUUUAUUUUAAGUCAGAAUUGCUGAUAAUUUCGCAAACUCUACUGUAGUAGGAGUUCAGUGGGACUGUUGCUAGUCCAAUCAAAUUAAUAGACCAGAACAAUAGCAACUGUUGUAUAAAAAGCAUCAUUUGUUUGUUUUUGAAUGUUGAAAAAGGAAAAAAAAAUCGUUAAAAAAAGGUGUGGUAGGUUUGUGUGUGCGUGCUACUGGAUUCGGUGAGUUCAAUAGCUGUAACAAAAAAAAAAAAUAUAUAUAUAUAUAUAUAUAUUAUAUAUAUAUAUAAUAUAUAUAUAUAUUUUGCUAUGUACACAACUCUUGCUGAAUGUGGCCAAGCAAAUAGAUUGUCUAUAUUUUGUCUCUUAUAUAUCUGCCCAUGCCAAAAGAAAUG